AUGAGCGCCCUUGUGAAGCAUAAAGGCAAGGGCAAGGUGGACGAUGCGGGUAGCGACGAAGACAGGUGCAUGGGGGCUAUGCAGAUGCUGAGUAGCAUGGCGCAUGACACCAAGAAGGGCAAGGUGAAGAAGGUAGCCGGGGUGCGCUAUGUGGAUGCGCAGGUUGGUGGUAAAGCCGUGCAAGCGUUGGUGGACACGAGCGCCACACACAACUUCAUUACCCCGAAAGAGGCGCAGCGACUUGGCUUAGAGAUGCGCAAGACGGAGGGCUGGAUCAAGGCCGUCAACUCCGAUGAGGCACGCGUGAACAGAGUGUGCAAGGAGGUAGAGCUAUGCAUGCAAGGGUGGAAGGGCAAGGCCGACUUCCAGGUUGUGGAGAUGGAUGACCACGACAUGGUACUGGGGUUAGAGUUCAUGGACAGGAACAACGUCGCGCCACUACCAUGCUUUAGUGCAUUGAUGAUACUUGGAGGCGAGGAAGGCAAUGUGACAUGCAUGGUACAGCUCAUGGGCAGGAAGGAGAAUCCAGAGGUGGCAGUCAACACGAUGGAGCUCGUGAGGACCUCACAUCUCCCGAAGGGUGCUCGUACGUUUGGGCCAAGGACAUAUGCGCAAAAUUGGUCUCUAUCUGAUCCGGUCGAUGCCACUCGAGGAUACUCUGAGAAGUGCUUGAACAAGCUUGCAAAAGUGCUUCCAGGAUUGAUUGGUGACAGUGCAGAUCUUGCAACCUCCAACAAAGACUAUCUCCAUGGCUACGAAGACUUCCAGCAGCCCCGCUCCCCAUGGGGCCGCAACAUCCAAUAUAGAGUUCAAGAGCACGCAAUGGCCGGAAUCUCAAAUGGUAUCGCAUUGCAUGGAAGUGGCUUGAUACCAUUUACAGCCACUUUCCUCAUUUUCUCUGACUACAUGAAGAACUCCAUCCGACUGUCUGCUCUGAGCUAUGUCGGUGUCAUCUACAUUAUGACUCACGACUCGAUUGGUCUAGGGGAAGAUGGCCCUACCCACCAACCAGUAGAACAGCUUGCCGGCCUACGAGCAGUGCCACGACUUCUAGUUUUCCGUCCAGGGGACGGCAAUGAGACAACUAGAACCUAUAAAGUGGCCGUUGCAAACAGAGAUGUACCUAGUCUUAUUGCAUUAUCAAGGCAAAAGGUAGCUGCAAACCUGGAAGGGACAUCGGUGAAUGCAGUUGAGAAAGGGGGAUAUAUUAUAAGUGACAAUUCUGGGGAAGAUCUACCGGAGAUUAUAAUGAUAGGUACCGGAUCAAAGCUAUGUCUCUGCAAGGGUAGUGCCAAAAUGCUGAGGAAAGAAGGGAGGAGAGUGAGGGUGGUCUCACUUGUGUGCUGGAGGCUUUUUGAUAGACAACCUAAGGAAUACAAGGAGCUUGUAUUGCCAUCAAGUGUGUCAAAGUGGAUGAGCAUCGAGGCGGGGUCGCCCCUCGGUUGGAGGGAAUACGUAGGCAGCGGAGGGGUGGUGGUUGGGGUGGAGGAAUUUGGGGCUAGUGGUGCUUAUUUGGAUACAUUCAAGAAAUUUGGUUUUACAGAGGAGAAUGUGACAAGCAUUGCAAAGUCAUUGCUUAGCCAGUAG